AUGGCUACACGAUACGAAUCUGUUCAUCAGUCGCCGAAAGGUCCUGGUGACGAACGUCCUACAGCCUCUCAGAUCAUCAAAGACGAACAACUAGGCGGAAAAUGGUCAGAUAAAACGAUCCUUAUUACCGGCUGCUCUUCUGGAAUUGGUGUCGAAACAGCGAAAGCCUUGUUCGAAACCAGUGCUACACUCUACCUGACUGCUCGAAAUCUCAACAAAGCAAAGUCAGCACUUGGCAGCAGUAUGAUAAAGAGUGAGCGUGUUCACCUUUUGGAGUGCGACCUCAACUCUUUGGCUAGUGUACGAAAGUGCGCAGACACGUUUUUGGCCCAGCACAAUCGUCUCAAUGUCCUGAUUGCCAACGCAGGCAUCAUGGCCUGCCCAGAAGGACGCACCGCAGAUGGUUUCGAACUCCAAUUUGGCACGAACCAUCUUGCUCAUUUUCUAUUGAUCCAACUUCUUCUUCCUACCAUGGUGAAGUCGAGUACUCCGGAAUUCCAAUCGCGGGUUGUUGUUCUCUCGUCACUUGCUCAUCGCAUGGGAGGCGUCGAUCUGGACAAUCUCAACCUCGAGAAACCAUACCACGCCUGGGCAGCUUAUGCGCAAAGCAAAACCGCCAACAUCUACACUGCCACCGAGCUCGAUCGCCGCUACGCAAGCCAAGGCGUGCGCGCUUAUGCGGUCCACCCCGGCCUGAUCUUUACCGGGCUCAUGACGAACGUGGACGAGGAGAUGUUGGCUCACUGGAACACAGAUCCCAACGUCCGCAAUGCGACCAAAAAUGCGGAACAGGGUGCGGCUACUACGGUGUGGGCAGCUACCGCACAGGCUUUGGAGGGUCAAGGCGGGAGAUACCUCGAAGAGUGUCAGAUCUCGAAGCCCGCUCCACCAGACGCACCAGAGUACAAGGCUGGUCAUGCGCCUCAUGCAUAUGAUGCAGAAAAGGAGAAAGGCUUAUGGGAGAAAUCUCUUGAAAUGGUCAAGCCUUUCAUGGCUUAA